GCGGUGACGUAACCGCGUCACGCCGUGUUGUGACGGGUGACGUCAUCGGGCAGCAUGGCGGCGCGCUUGGCCGCACGUGUGGCGGUCACGGGCCUGAGCCGGGCGGGAGGAGGUCGCAGCCUCCUGGGGCCCGCGGCGCUCCCCGUCCGCCGCCUCUGCAGGCCGUUGAGCGGCGCCAGCCCGUCGGACGACGACCUCUACGAGAAGACGACGGUGACGAUGCUGCAGCGAGACUCGCCCAACACGAUGUUCGUGGACAGCUACGGCCUGCACGGGUUCACCGUGAACGGCAAUCGCGUGAUCGGUCCGUGCGCCAUCAUCCCCCAUGCCAUCAUCCAGUGGAACGUUGGAAGCUGGAAGGAUAUCAGUGAAGAAAGCUUAUCAUUGUUUUACCUUCUGGAGCCCCGAAUAGAAAUCCUCGUGUUGGGGACGGGCGACCGAGUGGAGCGUCUGGACCCGCAGCUGCUGCGCUUCAUGACGCGGCAGGGAGUCGCCGUGGAGGUGCAGGACACGGGCCACGCGUGCUCCACAUUCAACUUCCUCGUCAACGAUCGCCGCCUGGUGGCUGCUGGACUCAUCCCGCCCACGCAGUUGGCGUGACCCGCGGUCGACGUGCGGCAAGGAGGGGGGGAGGCCAUGGGGAACCGCGGUGGCUAGGAGAUGUUAACUCUAGAUUUGAAGCUUUCGUGACUGCAAGGAUUCAUUCUCUUUAUUUUUUCGGUAAAGUCACGUAGGUAAAAAAAACUAAAAAUUAAUAAAAAUAAAAUAAUAAAAAUCACGACGUUUUGGAGUCAACACAAGUCUCCGUCAUCACGUGGGACCGUCACAGCCAGAUUUGCUGUAUCAAUUUUAAUUUAAUUUUUUUACCUACGUGGCUUUACCGAAAAACUAAGAGUAGGAGAUGUUAACUCCCUCGCCUGAUAUGCAGGCGGUCGUGGGUUCCAUCUGGGGGACCCUGCUGACGCCUGCGGUGUAUUUGGAGUUUGCGUGCAUUUCUCUCCCAGUGGCCACGUUGAUUUUCCUCCCGGUCCUCUGGUUUUUCCCCUCCACAUUUAGAAUCAAUGUUGCGUUUAGAGGAUUUGGCUGCUAUACAUUUCCACAUGAUGAUAAGCCGCUUCGUUGAGCUAUCAUUUGUGGCAACCAGGUCGUGUUUGAAAUAGAGCUGUAUAGCCAUUUGGGCCUUACCUGUUAAUUUUUAUAUAUAUAUAUAUAGAACGCUGCAUCACGCUGUUGGUCUGAGCCAGGUUAAGUUUAAUUUUGGGGGGGGGGCAGGGCUAUUUAUGGUGUACGGGGCCCCCCCUCUUUGUAUUUUAAGUUAAUUCCCUUGACUGUUUUACCAACACCCAUACCCCGGUGCCACACGGUUAUUUCAGUUCCGGUUUUUAAACAUUCAUGUACAAAUUGUUAACCUAAAUCAAUCAACGGUAAAAGGAACAAAACUAUUUAAAGUUUGGAAAAUAACUUGGAGUAACACAUUGUGAUACUUUGGCUCAAAUAACAAAAUUACACAACAAUAAUUUUUCUAUGUAUAUUUUUUUGGGGUCUCUCAAAAGCGGAGGGCCCGGGUUGCAGCCUCGAAUGGCCAGGACUGCGAUAAUCUGGCCCUGGCUGUGGUAUCCAACCUGGGCUUCAUUGUAAAGGAAACUAUCCUUGUGUGGAAUGCGGGUUAAUACAACUGUCGAUUAUCCGGAUUAAACAAUAACACGGAUACAUUGCAAACACACGUGUGAGUUAGGCUAUGAGGAGGUAUUCGUUGGUUACCUCUGUAUAAUGGGGGGGGGGGGGCGAAGACAUAAUGCAUCGUCUCAAUUUAUUGCUUCUCAAAGUGAAUCGGUUCACUUGUUUGCUGUCACGUGGGCACCGAGUCGCUGACGACCCCCGACGAGUGUGGAGCGGCUGGCAGGUCAAUCGGUGUGCGCGCAAAAGAAAUAUGUUUCACAAGCAGCACGGUUCAUUCACAACCCGGAUAGUCUGCCUGCGGAGUAAUCGACAAGUUGACCGUGCGUGCUACAAGCAUGCGUGCGGGACGUCGCGUUCAUGAAAAUGUGCGGCGUGUCGAUUUGAGCCGUCGAAACGCUGCGCGGUACCGUGUGCCCAAUGUUUACGACCCUAAAAAAAGCGACAACUGAACGGCGGUGCAGGAGUCUCGGGGAGUUUUGCGGUUUAUGGAUGGAACGAGUCAAGGAGCUCAUCUCUGGCCGAUGUUUGACUUUGAAACGAGGAGGAAAUGGAGGUGAUUAAAAUAUCUCACGCCA